UGUGGCUGGCGCACUGCGAUACAGCUUGUUUGACUUCGACACCACCCAACAUCACUACUGAUCAAUAUGCACUUCUUGCUUUGAAAACCCAUAUUACUCAUGCCCCAGAUGAUCUCUUGGCAAACAACUGGUCCACCGCUGCCUCUGUUUGCAGUUGGAUUGGAGUCACUUGCAGCUCCCGCCACAAAAGAGUCAUAGUCCUGAAUAUUUCUGGCAUGGGUCUUACAGGUAGCAUUCCUCCGGAAUUGGGAAACCUCUCCUUUCUCCUUCAGCUAGACACAAGUACAAACAAUUUCAAUGGCAAUAUGCCUCAAGAGUUGGGCUAUUUGCGGAGAUUGAGAUUCAUGAGUUUCAGCAACAACAGCUUCAGCGGAGAGCUUCCAUCACAGUUAGGUCUCUUACCUAAACUGCAAUAUUUGCUUCUUGCAAAUAACAGUUUUACAGGUACUAUUCCACCUUCCCUUUGUAACAUAUCAAAGUUGGAGACCUUGGAUGUACAGUUUAAUCUUCUACAAGGAAGGAUUCCAGAGGGGAUAGGUAAUCUUGAAAACCUGAAAAUUUUAGAAAUGCAGGAAAACCAGCUU